GGGCUUUUCUACAUGAUCUGGAUAUAUCUCGUGGUUGAGUUCGAGUAACUUUAUGUGUUCAUAUGCUCCCAGUAUAUGUGUAAUUUSACUUUSUAGACCUCGUAGAAAUCCAUUGGAGUGUCGAGAAAGCCAUUGCAAUGCCAGCAGGAACGCGCUCGGCUAAGAAAGAUAAAGAUAAUGAAGAGUCAGAGGAAAAAAAUGUCGAAAGCAGAGAUGCAGAAACUCAAACAGACCCCGAAAUAACUGGAGUUGACGCGGACGAUUUCGAAGAAGAUGACGGCAGCGAGGAAGAAGACUCCGAAACAGAAACUAGUGACGAUGAUGAUAAUAAUCGUAAGAAACCGUUGAAAAUUGUUGACGAAGAAUGCACCUCAAGCAAAGGAACAUGUGCCAGACCAGUUCCACGMAAAAAGAUCGAGCUCAAGUAUUAUUUUGGAGAAGAUAUGCCAGAUUCUGAGCUGAAGAAACUGGCAGAAGCCGAUGUCUUGGUUCCACCUGGACUUGAAAUACGACCGUCAUCUAAUCCUAGAGGUGGAUUAGGCAUAUUUGCAAGGUGUGUCAUACCUAAACAUGAGUUCUUUGGUCCAUAUACUGGCAAAAAGAUUCUUGCAUCAGAAGCAACCACAAACUACAAAGACAUCCAGUAUGUCUGGGAGGUCUUAGAUGAUUAUGGUAAGACCAAAUUUUACAUUGAUGGACGAGACUCCCUACAGUCAAACUGGCUGAAAUAUGUUGGUUGUGCAAACAGUGUUGAUGAGCAAAAUAUGAGAUGUGUUCAGUAUGACAACAGUAUCUACUACAUGGUGACCAAAGACAUAGAAAUAGGAAAAGAAUUGCUCACAUACUAUGGUGACAGCAUUGCCAGGAAAUUGGGCAUUAAAGUGAGCAAAAAAUCAUCACAUUCCAAAGAUGAAGUUGAGAACUUUGUYUGCAAGAACUGUGGUAAGAUGUACACAAACCCGAGUGCUUUGAUUGGACAUCUGAAGUUUAAAUGCAGCUCUGGUCAACAGCGAAGUAUCUUCAUUCCUAUGCCAGCAACAGGACCCAGGUCUCUAAUUCCUAAGAUUAAAGUCUCCGAGGAGUAUGCCAAGCAGCAAAACGAAAAAAUGAAGAAAUUCAAGUGCGAAGAAUGCGGCAAAGCGUUCAUACGCAACUACACGCUACAAUGCCACAUGCUGAUCCAUAAGGGUGUCAAGGAUUUCAAGUGCGAAGAAUGUGGCAAAGAGUUCACGCUCAUGAAGCAUCUUCAAAGGCACAAGCUCGUUCACACCGGCGAGAAACCUUACAAGUGCCAUCUUUGUGGMAGGGCAUUUUCUCAGCAGGGGAGUCUGCAAGCUCACAGCCGUACCCAUACCGGGGUGAAACCGUAYAAGUGUAAGAUUUGCGGGCGUGCCUUYGCCCUACAGUCACCAUUGCUGUCCCACAUCAAGACRCACAGCAAUGAAAAGGCAUUCAAGUGCGAGAAAUGCGGUAAAGAAUUCACCCACCGCAAUACCCUGGCAAGACAUGAGUUGAUACACAGUGGCAAAAGGCCAUUUAAAUGUGAGAAGUGUGGAAAAACCUUCACCCAGACCAAUGACCUUAAGAGGCAUAGUCGUAUCCAUACUGGAAUCAGGCCUUACAUGUGCCACAUCUGCGGCAAAUCCUUCACCGUUGAGUUCACUUUGGUUUGCCAUGUGAGAACCCAUACUGGAGAUCGUCCUUAUCAGUGCGAUUAUUGCGAUAAGUCGUUCACUCAGCCAGGUGCUCGUCUGAAACACGCUCGCAAGAACCAUCCAGACAAACCACCUCCAACCAGCCAGCACAUKAAAGAACAGGCCGCUGCUGCAGCUGCUGCUGCCACCGYUGCUAGCUCCACAGUCACAACCAAUGGUGUCAUAAGCAAUGGAAACAGCGAGACGGCUGUUACUCCCAGCGAGGAAGCAACUUCCCCWACCAACGGCGACACCGAAGCAGCAGGAACAAGUAACGAUGUUGAGAUGACAGGAGUUCAAGUACUGACGGCGCCACCAAUUGUCCUGACUGAACCACCUCCAGAGAUGGAAGUAGCUCAAGCUAAUGGGGUGUCCGUAUAAUCCCCGGCAAAGUUUAUCGAUUCUUCUGACGAUAAUUACAAGUGUAAUGGCUAAAAUCCCAUUUAUGGACUAAUUUAUACUUGUUCGAGUUCAUAAAUAAAACAUUUUUUAUGAUAUUAGCUCGUCUAAAUAUUAUUUGUACGUUUGUUUAAUAUUCUAAAAAAAGCUACUUUUCAUUGUGAUCGCUAGUUUUGUUAUUGAGUAAUUUUUGACCUUGGUAUUGAAAAUCAAUGAAAUAAAGGCAAGUGUUUCCAGAAA